GAGUCAGGAGACUGGGGAACAUUUAUGCUAUCUAAUUCUUAGCUUAGCAUAGCAGUAAACUUGGGACCGGAGUUCAGAUAAGAGCAUUGCACCACAUGUUUGCAGUAGGCGCGCACGACUUUCAAAAUAGAACGACUGCCUUCUCCUUGGACCGUAUACACUCCGAUGCUAAACUGUUCCCCGCGACGGCUUGUCUAGCAGUUCUCAAUAAGCUAAUCCUGCGCUUAUGAUUACAGUUUUGUGCAAGCCUAAUUUAUUUAAUUUUUCACGGGCACAUAUGUUUAUAUAUGUAUAUAUACCUUACGAAACGAGUUAACUCUCUGUUUCGCAAUUUAUCGCAAGAAGUCGUUUGCAGUAAGCCACGAUGGACUACGAAGAUGAAUCAUACAAGCUUCCACCCGAGAGUUCCAGACUUGUGAACGCGGCGACAUGUACAGCCAUGGCCUUGGACCGCGAAGUGCGCGUGUACAAGCGACGGUGGAUCAUGCUGGCUUUGUUCGUGCUGUGCGCUGCCAACAUAACAGUUCACUGGAUGCAGUUCUCCAUCAUAGCCAACAUCGUCAUGAAGUACUACAACGUUUCCAGCAGUGCCGUCAACUGGACGUCCAUGGUCUACAUGGCUGCGUACGUGCUGCUGGUGGUGCCGGCGUCUUGGCUGAUGGACAAGAAGGGGCUGCGGGUGACGCUGGCGUGCGCGGCCGGGCUGACGGCGGCCGGCGCCUGGCUCAAGGCGCUGUCAGCCUCGCCGCAGCGGUUCCCCGUGGCGCUGGCGGGACAGGCGCUGCUGGGCGCGGCGCAGGUGUUCGUGCUGGGGGCGCCCGCCGCCGUGGCCGCCGCGUGGUUCGGGCCCGGCCAGGUGUCCACGGCCACCGCCCUCGGCGUCUUCGGCAUCCAGGUCGGCGCUGCCGUGGGGUUCGUCAUCCCCCCAGUCGCCGUGCAGAACCACGAGGACGCUGACGACAUCGGGUCCGACCUCCUGAGACUGUACUUGGGACUCGCAGCUGGACCAUCCAUACUGCUGCUGCUCAUACUGCUAGUGUUCCAGGCGGCCCCGCCCAUUCCACCCAGCCCCGCCGAGGCCAGCGUCAAGAGCCAGGAGAAGAAACCCGCCUUCUCGAAGACACUCGGCUCGCUGCUCACGAACAAGGACUUCAUGCUCCUUCUGCUCAGCUACGGAGCCAACAUGGGCGCCUUCAAUGCCACCUCGACCCUGCUCAAUCAGAUCCUGCUGACUUACUUCGAGGGUUCUGAGGCUGAUGGUGGCAGGAUUGGGUUGAUAAUGAUACUAUCAGGAAUGCUGGGCUCAGUCGUCGGAGGGUUCGUGCUGGACAAGACCCACAAAUUCAAGGAGACGUCCGUUACUGUAUGCGCCAUGGCUCUUCUUGGUAUGAUCGGCUACACGUUGUCAUUCAGAACUGGACACAUCGUGUUCGUGUACGUCGUUGUUGCAUUUCUUGGGUUCUUCAUGACGAGCCACAUGACGGUGGCGUUCGAGUUCGCGGCCGAGCUGACGUACCCGCUGCCGGCCGCCACGUCCUCGGGGCUGCUCAACAUGGCGGCCGAGGUGAGCGGCGUGGCGCUGACGAGCAUCGCCGGGCGGCUGCUGGCGGCGCGCGGCGACCUGGCUGCCGACGGCUUCCUCUGCGGCCUGCUGCUGGCGGGGCUGGGCGCCGCGGCGCUCGUGCGUGGCGGCGACCUGCGGCGCCAGGCCGCGUCGCUGGCGCCGUCUCCCGUCAGUGAGGGCGACUGCGCGGCGAGCCACGUCGAUACCUCUGACGAGCCCGCCGCGAAGCUAGCGUGAUCUCGCGCGGGCUAUGGUAACCACAAGUUGACUUGUGAUGUGCCACGUCGAUAGCCCGGGGAGACCCACCACGACACUAGCGUGAUCUCGCGCGGACUAUGGGAACUACAAGUUGACUUGUGACGUCAUGCCACGUCGAUAGCCCCGGGGGACCCACCACGACACUAGCGUGAUCUCGCGUGGGCUAUGGGAACUACAAGUUGACUUGUGACGUCGUGCCAUGUCGAUAGCCCCGGGGGACCCACCACGACACUAGCGUGAUCUCGCGCGGGCUAUGGUAACCACAAGUUGACUUGUGAUGUGCCACGUCGAUAGCCCGGGGAGACCCACCACGACACUAGCGUGAUCUCGCGCGGACUAUGGGAACUACAAGUUGACUUGUGACGUCGUGCCACGUCGAUAGCCCCGGGGGACCCACCACGACACUAGCGUGAUCUCGCGCGGGCUAUGGGAACUACAAGUUGACUUGUGACGUCGUGCCACGUCGAUAGCCCCGGGGGACCCACCACAACACUAGCGUGAUCUCGCGCGGUCUAUGGGAACUACAAGUUGACUUGUGAUGUCGUGCCACGUCGAUAGCCCGGGGGGACCCACCACGACACUAGCAUGAUCUCGUGCGGGCUACGGUAACUACAAGUUGACUUGUGACGUGCCACGUCGAUAGCCCCGGGGGACCCACCACGACACUAGCGUGAUCUCGCGCGGUCUAUGGGAACUACAAGUUGACUUGUGAUGUCGUGCCACGUCGAUAGCCCGGGGGGACCCACCACGACACUAGCGUGAUCUCGUGCGGGCUACGGUAACUACAAGUUGACUUGUGACGUCGUGCCACGUCGAUAGCCCCGGGGGACCCACCACGACACUAGCGUGAUCUCGCGCGGUCUAUGGGAACUACAAGUUGACUUGUGAUGUCGUGCCACGUCGAUAGCCCGGGGGGACCCACCACGACACUAGCGUGAUCUCGCGCGGUCUAUGGGAACUACAAGUUGACUUGUGAUGUCGUGCCACGUCGAUAGCCCGGGGGGACCCACCACGACACUAGCGUGAUCUCGCGUGGUCUAUGGGAACUACAAGUUGAUUUGUGACGUCGUGCCACGUCGAUAGCCCCGGGGGACCCACCGCGAAACUAGCGUGAUCUCGCGCGGGCUAUGGGAACUACAAGUUGACUUGUGACGUCGUGCCACGUCGAUAGCCCCGGGGGACCCACCACGACACUAGCGUGAUCUCGCGCGGGCUAUGGUAACUACAAGUUGACUUGUGACGUCGUGCCAUGUCGAUAGCCCCGGGGGACCCACCACGACACUAGCGUGAUCUCGCGCGGUCUAUGGGAACUACAAGUUGACUUGUGACGUCGUGCCACGUCGAUAGCCCCGGGGGACCCACCACGACACUAGCGUGAUCUCGCGCGGUCUAUGGGAACUACAAGUUGACUUGUGAUGUCGUGCCACGUCGAUAGCCCGGGGGGACCCACCACGACACUAGCGUGAUCUCGUGCGGGCUAUGGGAACUACAAGUUGACUUGUGACGUCGUGCCACGUCGAUAGCCCGGGGGACCCACCACGACACUAGCGUGAUCUCGCGCGGGCUAUGGGAACUACAAGUUGACUUGUGACGUCGUGCCACGUCGAUAGCCCGGGGGACCCACCACGACACUAGCGUGAUCUCGCGUGGGCUAUGGGAACUACAAGUUGACUUGUGACGUCGUGCCACGUCGAUAGCCCGGGGGACCCACCACGACACUAGCGUGAUCUCGUGCGGGCUAUGGGAACUACAAGUUGACUUGUGACGUCGUGCCACGUCGAUAGCCCGGGGGACCCACCACGACACUAGCGUGAUCUCGCGCGGGCUAUGGGAACUACAAGUUGACUUGUGACGUCGUGCCACGUCGAUAGCCCGGGGGACCCACCACGACACUAGCGUGAUCUCGCGCGGGCUAUGGGAACUACAAGUUGACUUGUGACGUCGUGCCACGUCGAUAGCCCCGGGGGACCCACCACGACACUAGCGUGAUCUCGCGCGGGAGAUGAUAACUACAAGCUAGAUUUGUGGUGUUAGACCAUAUCGAUAGCCCCGAGGUACUCAGAGGUGUAGCUAUGCAGGGAGGAUGGCCCCCUAAAUUCCUAAAUAAAAAAAAUAAAAAAAAUCCUAUAAACAAAUGGAAAGAAUUUGAAAACGAACAGCACGCAAGUGUUUCUAUGCCUUUGCCUCCCGAGAUGAAAUUCUGUGUAUGCUCCUGGAGGAACCUACCGCGACACUUGCUGCUCUUGUAGGUUGCUGUCGACAGUGAGUUUUUUGGGGCGUUUCGAAUUAUUAGAAGCAGUGAUUUCUAGAGAAACUUUCUAAAUGAUUACUAAACUGCACUAGCACAUUUUCUAACUGGCGGAUGUCUGCAAAAGAAUGCAUUACCUUUAUUGACCAGGUCAUUCACGAAGCUGUUUGGUUUCACAAAGAAUGACUUUGAUUUAUGUGUCGACAGUAGUCAUUUAUCUGAAAGAAGCAACAAGUCACAUAACACAGACUCUAUGGUUGAACACAAGAGUUAGUCUGAAAAUCUUCUCGCAAAAAAUCAUGUACGGUACAAAAUUUUGAAGACUUCCUAUCACCUGACAAAUGCUCAAUAUUUUCCAUCCCUAGUAUUAUUACUCAAAUCACAAUUUUUUACUGACUUCAUUGAGUGUCCGAAAACUGUAAAAAUGCAUACAUGUAUGUCUCAUGGCUGCCCGAGAAGAAUGGAUUUUGUUGUGCACCAGCAUCUGGAAUAUGAUCCGAGAAAAAUAAAACAUUUUGGAGUGCAGUAUUUAAAA